UCCUCGAGCAUUUGCUACUCUACCCUCCGCCUCCUUCCUCUCACACUCACACACAGCACUUCACCACAACCCAAAAAUGCCUUUCAAGAGGUACGUGGAGAUCGGAAGGGUGGCUCUCGUCAACUACGGCGAGGACUACGGCAAGCUCGUCGUCAUCGUCGACGUCAUCGACCAGAACAGAGCUCUUGUUGAUGCCCCUGAUAUGGUGAGAUCUCAAAUGAAUUUCAAGAGGCUUUCUCUCACUGACAUCAAAAUUGACAUCAAGAGGGUCCCCAAGAAGAAGGAAUUGCUUGCCGCAAUGGAGGCUGCUGAUGUUAAGAAGAAGUGGGAAAGUAGCUCUUGGGGUAGGAAGCUUAUUGUUCAGAAGCGAAGGGCCAAUCUUAACGACUUUGAUCGCUUCAAGCUUAUGUUGGCCAAGAUCAAGAGGGCUGGCCUGGUCAAGAGCGAACUUGCAAAACUGAAGAAGCAGAGUGCUUAGGCAAUAUUUGAUGUUAGGUUUACAAUUUUGUAAUGAAUUUUCUUCAAAACUGUACUUCGGUUUGUAAUCCCUUGUUCCUUCUAUUAGUCUUUUUCAGAGUACUAUAUUGUUAUUUUUUUUUAUUUUUAAUAUUGGUGACAAGUUGGGAACCUCAUGAUUUUUGGAUCAUGACUGAAAGUUGUUUGAGAUGAAACUGUUUAUGUGUUUUACUUUGACUA